AUGAGCUCCGGUGGACUCGGAGGCCUCAACAAGUCCCCGAACGGCAUCGUCCUCGGCUGCGUCCAGCUCCAACUGCCGGUGGUCAAGACGAAGGAUGACUUGGCGAAGCAGACGAGCCGGAUUGUCGAGAUGGUCGGCAAGGCCCGGCGUAAUCUGGGGACGAUGGACCUGGUGAUCUUCCCGGAGUACUCACUGCACGGCCUGUCGAUGGACACAAACCCUGAGAUCAUGUGCAGGCUCGACGGACCGGAGGUGCAGGCCUUCAAGGCGGCGUGCGUUGAGCACAAGAUCUGGGGCUGCUUCUCGAUCAUGGAAUACAACCCGGACGGUAACCCGUACAACACCGGACUCGUCAUCGACGACACCGGUAAGAUCGUGCUGUACUACCGCAAACUCCAUCCCUGGAUCCCGGUGGAGCCGUGGGAGCCCGGCAACGUGGGCAUACCCGUGUGCAAUGGACCGAAGGGGUGCAAGCUCGCGCUCAUCAUCUGCCACGACGGCAUGUUCCCCGAGAUGGCCCGCGAAUGCGCGUACAAGGGCGCCGAGAUCAUGAUACGAACCGCCGGAUACACCGCGCCGAUUCGUAAUUCGUGGAGAUUCACGAACAAGGCGAACUCGUUCCAGAACCUGAUGGUCACGGCGAACGUUUGCAUGUGCGGGUCGGAUGGAGAUUUCGAUUCCAUGGGCGAGGGCAUGAUCGUCAACUUCGACGGCGAGGUCCUGAGCCACGGAUACAGCGGCAGACCGGACGAAAUCAUCACCGCGGAGGUUCGUCCCGACCUCGUGCGCGAGGCGAGGAUCCACUGGGGAGUGGAGAACAACAUAUACCAGUUUGGCCACCGCGGCUACGUCGCCGUCAAGGGCGGUGCCACCGACUGCCCCUACACGUUCAUGAAGGACCUCGUGGACGGCAAGUGGAACCUGCCGUGGGGCGAGGACGUGGUGCACAAAGACGGCACCGCGUUUGGGUUCGAUCCUCCCACCAGGGUGUACAAGGGCGAGGAGCCGACGCCGGAGAUGCCGUGA